AUGAUGAUUCAAGCUAACCACGAUACACCUCUUUUCACGAGGAAUCGUUUACAUUACAAGCCUCCGUCAUUCCCCAGGAUAGACCGGCACGAAAUUUUAUAUGACUUCUCCACCCAGAAUGACUUCAAUUCGAACCUGAACAACACUUCUGCAUCGGCCGUUGUCACUUCCACAACUUCCACUUCAUACACCUUGUUCAUUGUUGCAUUUCUCAAAUCUUUAUUUGAUAGGAUCAAAGUCAUUCUAGCCACUAAGAGCAGCUCGAACUCUCAAGGUGCUGAGGACUCUCAUCAAGAGGAACCACUACUACAAGAAGAUAAAUUUGGUACCUCAACCCCUCCCGAGGCACUUGAUGUGUCUAGUUAUGAGAAGUCUGAGUCGAAAGAACCUCGUUCAGUUAAUAUUCUCCCGUCGGACUUGAGCGUUAUCUCCAUCUCUGACUCUUCCCAGGACAACCUUUAUCAAUCUAUCUUCCAGGUAGAUUCAGAUGAAGAACUCGAUGGAGAGGGUCAGUAUGGUACCAACUUGACCAUAGACCACAAAGCUGGUCAUUAUAAUGACUGGUCUGCGAGCACUUUUCGCCAUGCAAAUUAUUCGUUUCUGCCAAUCAUUGACGAUGUGUACUCAGACAUUUUGAAGCCUCUAGACGAAUAUGAUAAGAUUGUUUCCAAAUUCUAUACACCAUUCCGACCUGUUCCAAAAGCAAGGUAUUCCGUGACCGACGCGGUGCUCUCUGCCAUUCCUUCAAAACUACCUACCAACUUCCUAAAGAAAGAGAGAGAAUCUAUCCAAAACCUCAUACAUAAGGAGAGAACGACCCUCAGAGCUGUGGUUACACCGUUGACUCCCGAUCAGCUUCAAAUAGUUGAACUGUACUGGCGAGCAGGAAGGUCCUCCCAGCAUAUUGUGUCUGGCUUCUCCAUUGAUAUUACAACGAAAGAUCUUCUGACACUCGCCGAUCGCCAGUGGCUCAACGACAAUGUUAUCGAUUUCUACUUGAACCUUGUCACUGAGCUGACUGAGCUGGUGUAUUGUUGGACCACCCACUUUUUCACCACAUUAAAAAAGAAUGGCUAUAAGGGUGUAGCUAGGUGGGCCAAGAGAAGGAAAAUCAACGUUAUGACAAUGGAUAUGAUCGUGGUACCUAUUAAUAGUAUGAACACACAUUGGUCAGUCGCGGUGAUCGACAACCUCAACAAAACAAUCAGCUACUUCGAUAGUCUUUCGUCAGGUGGAAAUUUGCAUGCGGUGCAACUUCUAGAUCAGUACAUGCUGAAUGAAGCCGAAAGAUUAAAUGUUCCUCCUCAUAAAUAUGAUCUUCAGCCUAGUAUGAAGACACCUCAACAACAAAACGGAUUUGACUGUGGAGUGUUUACGUGCACGGUAUCAAAAUACAUUGCAAAGAAGGCACCUCUCCUGUUUAGUCAAAAAGAUAUGCAUACCAUAAGACGAAGGAUGGCCUACGAGAUAGUCCACAAGACUUUGCUACCAGAAGGAAACUUAAGUCCAAACUUAUAG